AUGUCAGGAGGUAAAGGUAAAGCUGGUUCAACUGAAAAAGGUUCAACUUCAAGAUCUGCUAAAGCUGGUUUAACUUUCCCAGUUGGUAGAGUUCAUAGAUUAUUAAGAAAAGGUAAUUAUGCUCAAAGAAUUGGUUCUGGAGCUCCAGUUUAUUUAACUUCAGUUUUAGAAUAUUUAGCUGCUGAAAUUUUAGAAUUAGCUGGUAAUGCAGCAAGAGAUAAUAAAAAAUCAAGAAUUAUUCCAAGACAUUUACAAUUAGCUAUUAGAAAUGAUGAAGAAUUAAAUAAAUUAUUAGGUCAUGUUACAAUUGCUCAAGGUGGUGUUUUACCAAAUAUUCAUCAAUCAUUAUUACCAGCUAAAAAAUCAAAAGCUGGUGCUGCUUCUCAAGAAUUAUAA